AUGAUAAGAAGAAAUAGGAAAGAUGGCCAUCGCAAAAUCAAAAGAGCAGUUGAAGAAGAAGACUCAAUAAGCUCAUUACCAGAUGUGAUUCUCCAACAUAUCCUCUGCUUUAUUCCGACCAAGUUCGCCAUCAGAACUUCCCUCUUGUCCAAACGAUGGAGGCAUGUCUGGUGCGAUAUACCUCGUAUCUCCUUAGACGCUGAUAUCUGUCCCGGAAGAUGCCAGCCACUAGGGAGACCCAAAACGACGGCCGAUUCGAUAAACGAAACCCUAACUCGCUACACAGCUCCGAAGACCAAAGAUUUUUACCUCAAAUCCACCAUGAAGAAGAAUAUACCCCACAUCAACACGUGGAUCAAGGGUGCCAUGUCCCGCAACGUUGAGAAUCUGUCCCUAAAUUUUUUUAAGUUUAAAACUUCUAAGUAUACGUUUCCUGAUUCCUUCUACACCGAUUCUUUUCUCAAGGAACUCAAAGUUUCGAUAUUCUAUACUGAUAUGAUUCCCAGAGGCUCCGUGUCUUGGACAUCACUCAAGAAAUUUUCAUUGAGUUAUUGUAGACUCUCCGAUGAAUCCUUGGCUACGAUUCUAUCUGGUUGUCCUGUUCUCCAGAGCUUGACAUUGUAUUUCUGCAACGAACUGCGAGUUCUUGAUCUCAGCAAUUCAUCGAGUCUAAGAACAUUGCGAGUGGAUCGCAACUAUUCGGCUCCAACGCCAAUGCAGAUUGUGGCACCACAUAUCCAUUGUCUCAAGCUGAUGAACUCGCAGUUACCAUGUACUUUAGUUGAUGUCUCUUCCUUAGCUGAAGCUAAACUGGACUUCUGGUACGGCUCACUUCACGGUACCGAGGCUGAUUCUGUGCGAAAGAUGCAAGAACUGUUAGAAAAGUUGCAUAACGUCGAGAAGCUUACUCUUGGGGAAAAUUUUCUUCAGAUUUUAUCUCUUCCAAAGCUUCGUGGUUUACCUUUUCCGGUGUUCAACGUCCAAGCUUUGAAGCUUGAGACAUUUCUCUUUGAGUAUGUCAUUCCUCCUGGUAUAGAAAGACUGUUGCAAAACUCACAUUAUUUAAAGAGGUUAACACUACACGCAAGAACUUGCAAGAACGAAGUGGGCUUCCGUUGGAGCAAUUCCCGUCGGGAUGCAGAGUCAAAGCACGUGGCUACAUUUAUAGAACUUAUGUUUAAAAGCAUAAAGACAUUAGAGAAAAUGGUGGUACGGUUAAAAGAUUGUUACCUAGAAGCAAGAGGGUUUAAAGAGAUGGUUCAGACACUUCCUCACAACAACAACGACAAUGUCUCCAUUGUGUUCUCCGACACUAGAUAUAAGUGA